AUGACAGGACAGGUUGCCAAUUCCACCUCCAUGCUGGGAACCAUGAAAGAUGUCUUUCCUACCCUAUACUUUGACCUUUGUGAUCUAGUGGGGGAUUCAUGGAACCCCUCAGACCAGGAACCCUUCCCCGGAUAUGGCUGCAGCAGCCCAGGAGACCGCCUCGACACUAGGGCCCGCGACUUCUACGUGUGCCCAGGUCAGAACUUUCGAAAAGAAUGCGGAGGGCCUGCAGAUGGGUACUGCGCCCAAUGGGGCUGCGAAACCACCGGGGAUGCAUACUGGAAGCCAUCCUCUUCCUGGGACCUGAUCACCCUCCGACGAGGAACUACUCCCGGGUGGACGGGUAAUGGACGCUGGGUCUGCGAAGUCUCCGGGAAAGGGGGAUAUAGGGACUGGUGUGGUCCCUGUUAUGACUCCUUGACUAAAAAUGUUACGGGGGCCACCUUGGGAGGCAGAUGCAAUCCUCUGAUCCUCGACUUCACCACCCAAGGCAGAACAGCAGUCUGGGAUGGUCCCAAGUCCUGGGGACUGCGUCUCCAUCGCACAGGAUAUGACCCUGUCACUAUGUUCUCCUUAACGAGACAAAUAGCUUCUGUCUCAUCAACAGUAGCUGUCGGGCCAAACGCGGUCCUAUCAGAACAGAAGCCCCCUUCCCAACCAGCACCCCCACCCAAACCCAGGCCAAUCCCUGCCCAAAACGUCUCUUCUACCCCAGCCCCCACAUCAGUCACUAGCCCGUCCGGGAACAUCUCGAGGGGACCGCCCUCAUCCCCGGGCACCGGAGACAGGCUCCUUAGCCUAAUCCAGGGGGCAUACUUGACCCUCAACUAUACCAGCCCAAACUUGACCGAGAAAUGCUGGCUAUGUCUGGUUUCGAGGCCCCCAUACUAUGAGGGAGUAGCUAUAAUUGGCAAUUAUACCAACCAAACUGAGGCCACGGCCUAUUGUGCAUCCCCCUCCCAACAUAAACUUACCCUGUCAGAGGUAUCGGGACGAGGGACCUGUGUGGGAGGAGUCCCUAAAACCCACGAGUCACUGUGCAACAGCACCCAUCCACUUCAGACUAACUCCACUGGAUAUCUGGUGGCACCCAACGGGACCUACUGGGCAUGCAGUACGGGUCUCACUCCUUGUGUUUCCCUUACGGUCCUUAAUGCAGCUUCUGAUUAUUGCGUGUUAAUAGAGCUAUGGCCCAGAGUGACCUAUCAUACCCCCUCAUAUGUUUAUGAGCAAUUUGAAGAGAGACCACGAAUUAAACGAGAGCCAGUGUCCCUCACACUGGCCCUCAUGCUGGGAGGACUAACCGUGGGGGGAAUAGCUGCGGGAGUAGGAACAGGGGCCGCUGCGCUGGUUGAGACCCAACAGUUCCAGCAAUUACAGGCAGUCAUGCACACCGAUAUCAGGGCCUUGGAAAAAUCAGUCAGUGCCUUAGAAAAGUCCUUGACCUCCUUAUCCGAAGUGGUCCUUCAGAACAGACGAGGGUUGGAUGUUCUAUUCCUACAGCAGGGGGGGCUUUGCGCAGCCCUAAAAGAGGAAUGUUGCUUCUAUGCUGAUCACACAGGUGUUGUCAGGGACAAUAUGGCAAAACUCAGGGAACGAAUCAAGCAAAGACAGCAGUUAUUUGAGUCACAACAAGGUUGGUUCGAGGGUUGGUUCAAUAGAUCUCCAUGGUUAACCACCCUAGUCUCGUCCAUAAUGGGACCCCUCAUGAUUAUACUAUUAAUCUUGCUGUUUGGGCCUUGUAUCCUCAACCGUUUGGUUCAGUUCAUAAAGGACAGGAUGGCAGUCAUACAAGCCUUGGUCCUGACCCAACAAUACCACCAACUUAAGCAAUUCGACCCUGAAAAUGCAGAAAACCAAGUCAGCUAA